AUGUCGGUUACAAGUAGAAAUAAAAAAAUUGAAACCUUGGCUUGGAUAACGGAUGAUGAAGCUGAAUUUUGGACGAGUACAUCACCUAUAACAAAGCGUGAUACAUCUAAUCAGUUUUCAACGAUAAAAGAUAUUUCUACUGAUGUUUUAUCACCUGAUGGUCUGUAUUUUAAAACUAAUAAUGAAAUAAAUACAGAAAUGGAAGAUCAUUUAUCAUUAUUGCACAAACAAACACUUGAAAAACAAGAUGAAGAAGUUAAAUACGAAGACAAUGAAACACCUGUCAUAUUUCAAUCAAAGGAGAGUCUUCAACUGAAUAAUAAUAAUAAUAAUACUGAAAAAAACAUGAGUCUCUUCGAUCGAUUGCUUCAUCAAUUAACGCGAUCAUCAUCUUCAGAAACAGAUUAUAUUGAUGAUGAAGUAUUUGCAGAGGUCGAUGAAAAUGAAAUAACAGCUGUAGUUAAUAAUAAUAAUAUUCAUCAAUCACUCAAUGGUGGAAGUAAAUUAACAGAUAAUAUUCCAUUUAUAAAUGAUAUUCGAUCCUUUAUUGAUGAAAUAGGCGAAGAAACAAAUGUUCUUUUGGGAUCCAUGGAUGAAGAAGCAUUAGUUAAUCGAAGAAGUCGAAAAGCAAAAUCUACAUUUUCAUCUAUUAAAAAUAAUUAA